AUGGCAUCAGAAAACAAAACUUUGACACAAUUAUCAGUAUUGUUAACAAAUGAAGAACUAAAUAAUGCACUAACAAAAUGGUUUAGGGAACCCACAGAGUUUACUCAUUGGGAGCAUGUCGGAGAAAUGGGAAAAGGUGAUUCAUACCUAAGUGAUGUAUAUAGGAUAAAAAUACAUGGAAAUUCAGAUGGCAACUCAAGACAUGUACAACUUAUUGUUAAGACAAUCCCAAAAAACAUAUGCAGACGACUUACAUUCCGUUCUCAUGACUUCUUCAUAAAUGAAAUUAAUUUUUACCUAAAUGUAUUACCAGUUUUACUAAAAUUCCAGUCUGAUAAACAAUUGACUGAACCAUAUGAAAAUUACACAAAUGUAUUUCUAGCUCUCACAGAUGGUAUACAUGAUGUUAUCUGUCUAGAAGAUGUAUCUUUGCAGAAUUAUGGCAACCCGAUACGACAAGAAGGCAUUGAUUAUGAGCAUUGCCAAUUAACAGUUAAAGUGCUUGCUAAAUUCCAUGCAUUGUCUUUUGCUAUGCGUGAUCAAAAACCUGAAGAAUUUGCCAAAAUGAGCAAUGUAUUAACUGAGGUAUAUUAUGAUCCUAAAUAUUGGGAUUGGUAUGAAAAAUUCUGGAAACGUCUUUGCAGUACAGCUAUAGAUGCAGUUGAGAGGGAAUAUCCAAACACCAAUUAUGUUGAUAAAAUUAAAGAAUUCGCGAUACCAGAGCGAUAUCAAGAUAUGAUUAAAGCGGUACAAGAUAAAACAAAUAGUGUCAUAUCACACGGUGACUGCUGGACAGUUAAUUUCUUGUAUAAAUAUGAAAAUAAACAACCCGUUGAUGCAAAAAUGAUAGAUUUUCAACUAACAAGGUGCGCUAGCCCAGUUUUGGACCUAUCAUUUGCAAUAUAUGCAUGCACUGACCUAAAUUUAAGGGCAAAACACUAUGAUGACUUAUUAAAAGAUUAUUAUGAAGUAUUAUCAAAGCAGAUAAGUGAAAUGGGAAGUGACCCAAAUAAAGUCUAUCCUUGGAGCACAUUUAUGGAAGAAGUAAAGAAGUAUUCAUAUUUUGGACUGGCAUUUAGUUUUGAGUCCACACCAUUUAUAAUUCUGGCACCUGAAGAUGCUUUCAAGAUGGAUCAUGUCACGGGUGAUGAUAAAAGGAACAUUGAAGAAUUUUGGCCUGUUACUCCAAUUAAGACAAAGGCCGGUAGACUGAGAGAAGCCAACAACAUUGUUCACUGUGUUGACAAAGGUUUUAUAUAA